UCAAGAAUUGGUCGCAUGGAUGAGGACAAUAAUGAAAGACUGGGCACACACGAGUUUGAAUUAGGCGACUGCCUUGACUACAUUCGCACUGGUAUGGAGGCAAUUGUGGAUGAUGAAGUUACUAAAAGGUUUUCUGCAGAGGAACUUACGGUAAGUUUGCUUGAGAAUAGUGAAGAAAGAAUCUGCUUGGGGCUUUACUGUGUCUUGCAGAUUGUUGUCAUGGUAGCGUGUACGUACUUCGUGGGUUGCCUCCCUGAAAGCAAAAUGAAGAAGAGACUGAACAGCUGUGUAUCAGUUUUCUGCUUUGACUUUCUCAGUGGGGCACUCUCUCUGGUGUGUACUUAUCACAACAAAGAAAAUAUUCCCCGGCGAGGUAUCUGUGUAGCCAACCACACUACGCCCAUUGAUGUAUUGGUGUUGGCUUGUGAUAAUACAUAUGAUAUGGUUGGUCAGAGGCAUGGAGGGUUCCUAAGUAUAUUUCAACGAGCCUUGUCCCGGGCUUCAGCACACAUCUGGUUUGAACGUUCGGAAGCCAAAGAUCGCUUUGCAGUAGCAAGAAGAUUGAGAGAACAUGUUGAAGAUCCCGAUAAACUUCCUAUACUAAUAUUCCCUGAAGGUACUUGCAUCAACAACACAUCAGUGAUGCAGUUUAAAAAAGGAACUUUUGAAGUCGGUGGUAUCAUAUAUCCUGUUGCUAUCAAGUAUGAUCCCAGAUUUGGGGAUGCAUUCUGGAAUUCUUCCAAGGAUUCGAUGGUCAGCUACAUCUACAUGAUGAUGACAUCCUGGGCCAUUGUGUGUGAUGUUUGGUAUCUGCCGCCAAUGACAAAAAGGGAAGAUGAAAGUUCAAUCGACUUCGCUAAUCGUGUUAAAGCUAAUAUUGCUCGCCAGGGAGGUCUUGUUGACCUAGUAUGGGAUGGUGGACUGAAGAGAUCUGCACCAAAGAAGGAAUGGAAACAGCAAUAUCAGCAAGAAUUUUCUCGCCGCCUUAAGGUUCAAAAUGUUAAUUCCGAGAAGAAAGAAGAGAAAACUGAAUGAUUAGAAUAUUAGAGUAUAGAGAAAAAGUUGUAUGAACAAAUGAGUGAGUGUAUAAUUUUGGAAAAGGCUAUGAACUAGCAACUAGGUAUAGACCAUCAAGUUGAAAUUAGUUUUUAAGUUCCUUUGUUAAAUAUACAACUGAAGCAAAUGUUUGGGUUAUAAAAUGGGGUUGAUAUACCUUAAUGUUUAAAUGUGAAUCUUUGAAGGUUAUAUGGAAACAAUCAUUAAACAGUACAUGAGAAUAAUAAUUUGAUGACUAUGUAAAUGAAAAUUAUCAUCCUUCAUAGAAAGUAAAGUUAAAGUGUAUCUCAUUUUCUUGUAAUGAGAGUUUGUCAAGAAGGGAAUUCAUGCACCAUAGAAAAAUAAAUUUAAAAAUUAAUUUUGGAAAUGAUAUUCAGUCAGUUGGAAACACUAGUCUUUAAUAAGCUUUAUUCACUUUUUCUAAAUGGAUUUUUAAAAAUGAUAUGUAUUGUAGUAAAAUUAAAUGAGAGUUUAUAAAUUAAAACCAUUUUACAUAUCUCUGUGCAGCGCUGUAUAGCCCUUGUGGCUUAGCGCUUCUUUUUGAUUAUAAUAAUAAUAAUAAUACAUAUCUCUGUAGGACGCUGUCAGUGUUAACAGAAAGAGGCAAUGAAUACUUGCCUCUCGUGACAUGUUUUACGGUACCAAGUCCUAUAAUGAUUGUAUUCUGUCAUGUUGGUUACUGUGUAUAGUGUUGCAAGUGUUACUUCUUUGUACCAUGUAUUUUGGAAGUGUAAUUUGUGAUAAUUAUUACUGGUAGUUGGGUCACUAUUUUUAGCAUAUCUUGUGUUCAGCAUUCUGUCCAUUAUCUUCACAAGAGUUACACAAAUUGAAUUAAUUUAUUUCAUGGAUUUGUAUAAAGAAAAUGUGUAAACAUCCUUUGAAUGUUCGCUUGUGCCACACAACAUAUAAAUAUGUAAAUUGAUAUGAAUUGUGUGCUAGCUUCAUUACAUGUAUAUCAUAGUACAGGUUGUUUGACUCUUGUGGCCAUUUAUUCAUCGUGUCCAGUGAAUACUUUCAUUUAUUUGAUGAAUACUAAGAUAAACAUUUAGCUUAGUGUAAUUUAUUUUGAUACAAGUAAGCAUUAGUUACACCAGAGCACUAAAUACAUUGAGAAGAAACCUAAUGUAAACAUUCAUAAAUGUUUACAUUGAUUUUUUUUAAGUAAAAUGACUGUGAUAUGUGUAUGGAUUAGCAUUUGCAUAUUUAUAAUAUAAUCGUAAAUACAACAAAACUGUAUUUGCCAUAUUACUUAAAUCAUACCCUGAUAUAUCUUAAACAUUUUGUAAUUCUCAGGGCUGGAGUAAUUUUAGUCUUGCCUAAUUUUUCUGAUGUUUUUCUCUGUCUCCAAAUUAGUCAGUUUAGGUUUGAAAAUAUAUAGAUCAGGAGACAGGGUUAAGCAACUUCUGACAGUGUAUUUUUUCAUCCCAAAAACUUAAAAUAUUGUACAUAAUACUUCAGGGAUUAUAGAUGCAUAAAGACAUUGUACUAAGCCUGUAGUUUACUUUAUUUCACGAGUGGGAGAUGAAAUGUGACCAAAAAUAUACCAGCAGGUAAAGGGCUUUCCAUGGGUAAAGUAUUUUCUGAAUUGGGUAAUCAAAUGAAACCUACAGAUUUAUAGCUAGAAGUUUUCCACAAUUUAAAUAUUUUCUGAAAUGUGCAGGGUUUUGUCAAUGACUCUACUGUAAAAUAAAAUAUUUAUUUACACAAA